AUGCAGAACCGAUCGCGAAUCAGACCAGCUACGAGGCCGGAGGGCGAUAGUAGUCCCGACGAGGUCCUCACGUACCUACAACUCUCCGCCGAUCUAGAAUAUCACGUCCUCAUCUGCUGCAGAAUCGAGUGUCGACACGCUAUCUCACCAGAUGGAGCCCAAGUGACUGCACACCUCUGGAACAAGCACAGCGUUCCACUAGCCGACCGGUUAGGCCUCACGGAGCAUAUACGCGAUAACUACUCUCAAGGCUUUCGUAAACCUACAGAUGCAGCCCUGCCGCCUUGUGGUUCCAAGCCCCAUCAGGACCUCCAGACCUAUGAUGGCUUCAGCUGCCGCAAGUGCGUCUUCUUCACAACUAGCUUCCACGAGCUUACAAGGCACCUCUCUCAUAACCACCUUCACGGGGAAACCGCGACCCGGCCGCGAAUUGGCCUUCUCUACGACGACGUUUACCUACAGUCUUGGGCGGGCGGGCCUGAUCGACGAUAUUGGACCGUUACUGGUGCAGAUGGGAGUACAGUCCGGCCAGUGCCCGGCCGUGAACCCGAACGGCAUUCUCCCAAGGCGCCUAGAAGGCCUAUUGUCUCGGACUUCGACAUAGCAAGGAAAGACCCGCAUGAUAAACGGACUGCUAUCUCUCAGAGCAAGCCAUGGCUUGACCGGACGGGAUGGCCUCAGAUCUUCGAGGGC